AUGGGAAACUGUUUGAAUGGAGGAAACAACAUUAAAAGAAUUGUUCAAGAAGAUCAAAAAGUGAAGAAAGAUUACAACAGAAAGAACCGUAAAGUGAAGAUUGUCUUGAGAAAAGAUGAGUUAGAGAAACUCAUUCUCUUUCAGUUAAACGUAGACGGCAAAGGAGAGACAACUUUGGCUUCUUUCAACGAUUUUCUCAGGGAGUUAGAGGCGGAGAGAUCUGCCGGUGAAGCUGAAGCAAAGGCGGCGGAACAAGAGGAAGAGUCUAGCCGGAGAAGUAGAAAAUGGAGACCGUCGUUGGACAGUAUCAUGGAAUGGCCUGAAGUAACACUUGCGUAAUCACUUCCUUAAUCCUAUUUAGAUCAUUAAAGUUUUAAAAAUUAUUUCCAUGUUUAUUUUAAUUAUGGAAUUUUUAUGUGGGAAGUUUGCUUUUACCUGUUUUUUUUUUCUCUUUUUCCCGAUGGAUUUUUUUCAUCUGAGAAAUGUUUUGUCCUCAGACUGAGAUAUCUUCGGUGUUUAAAACCGGCAAAGGCUUAUUUACCCCACAUAAAGUUCAAAAGGAAGCACGAAAUUAUGUAUUUAUUUUUCCGUCUCUCAUGUAUAAGGUUCAAUUUGUC